AAAUGCCGCACGCUGUUCGAAACUGUGGCCAUGUUUCGCAAUGCGAAUCAGUUCUGGCGCGUCUUUCAAAGCGAUUGGUUGCCGGAGUCGGAUCACACUGCAGUCGCGGCAACUCACGGCGUGACGGGCAGAAAUACGCCGCAUAAAUCAGUGUCAUAAAUCUGCGUGCGUUGUAUAUGAAAUUAAGUGUCCGUAUUUACAGAUAGCGUUAAGCAGCCCAAUGACAGGCCGCCAAAUAUCCUAGAGAGCAGCCCGAAAAAAGGCAGCCAUAAAGAAGCCAGCGGCGCCCUAUGGACAAACUGCCGCCCAGUGGCCCAAAAACAAGUGUCAGAAAGCAAUGAAUAAGUGGCGGCUGCCGUCAUACAAAUGAAACGCCCAGUGUACGGUAUAUAUACAUGUGCAUAAAUAUAUGAAUAUGUAUGUAUGUAUUUACAUAUAAGUUACUGGAUUAAGAGUCCCUCGCAAUGGCAAUACUCGAGUCCUGCUGCUUCUGGAAGAAUGUGCGGCAGGGCAGCUUCGCCUGCGCCUUUUACACUCUGAUUUACUUUGGCCUGUCCACGUUAAUGUUUACGUUUUAUUUGAAAGAGGAGCAGGACUUUCUGCUGGGUCGCAGCACACAGCCGUUGGGUGAGAGCAUCUUGGAGAAGGGCGAUGUAACUGUAGUAACUGUGAUAUUCAACAUUUUGUUUUUGUUUUGCUCGAUGCUGAUGGUGUUGGCGUCCCUUUUGCUGAUUGCGGGACUGCGGAAUAACAAACGCCAGUUGCUGUUGCCCUGGAUUGGUCUGAUGCUCUGCGAUUUGCUUAUUGAGAUCGCCCAUCUGGUCCAUCUGACAUUGUCGCGCCGCGUGGUGUUCGAUCCCAUUGUCGGUUUCAUAUUCACGCUAGACUUCUUCAUACUCUGCCUGAAUCUCUACUGUUUGCUCUGUGUGAUAUCCCAGUAUCAGACCUACCGCACGCAGCGCGCCGAGCAACAACAGCAUCCUGCGAUGUCGGUGAGUCCUUGCGGAAGUAUGUAAUGGCAAAUGCAAUCAAAUAGCUCGGUUUCCAUUCAACUAGCCCACUGUGGUCUUUACGGAGCCCGAGAAGCUGGGCAAAACAAAGCGGCAGCUGUUAACGGCUUCAAGUGCUGCCAAAGGGAAAAGGCAUUCGC